AGUUAACAUCUUGCUCAGCUGUGAUUUUGCGCCAAAUUUUAGCUGCAUCUUUUAAAUUGAUGGUCAGUUGUUUUUUAUAACAAAAUGCAGGCAUUUUUAAAAGCUGGAAAGUCUGGCAAUAGUACUACAGACAAGCAAGCAUCUAAUGCGCCCACAGAACGUCGCAAGCCUCCUGCGCCCUGGGUGGAAAAAUACCGCCCAAGAAGCGUGGAAGAUGUAGUCGAGCAAUCUGAGGUGGUGGCAGUACUCCGCAAAUGUGUUGAAGGUGCCGAUUUGCCUAACAUGCUGCUCUACGGCCCGCCCGGCACAGGCAAAACCAGCACGAUUCUCGCAGCCGCUCGUCAAAUCUUUGGCGACAUGUACCGCGAUCGCAUACUGGAGCUGAAUGCCUCUGACGAGCGCGGCAUUAAUGUGGUGCGCACCAAGAUCAAGAACUUUGCACAGCUUACGGCAAGCAGCGUGCGACCCGAUGGUCGGCCGUGUCCGCCCUUUAAAAUCAUUGUGCUGGACGAGGCUGACUCCAUGACACAUGCGGCACAAGCCGCGCUGCGUCGCACCAUGGAAAAGGAGAGUCGCAGCACCCGCUUCUGCCUCAUCUGCAACUAUGUGUCUCGCAUCAUUGUGCCCAUUACGUCGCGUUGCUCCAAGUUUCGCUUCAAGGCGCUGGGCGAGACGCAAAUCAUUGCUCGACUGAAGCACAUCUGCAUGCAGGAAAACGUUAACAUUGAUCCAGAUGCAUACAAGUCCAUUGUGAAGAUAUCCGGCGGCGAUAUGAGACGAGCCAUAACUACUCUGCAGUCCUGCUAUCGUCUGAAAGGCGCCGACCACACUAUUAACACAGACGAUCUCCUCGAGAUGUCGGGCAUUAUACCAGAGCAUUAUCUGGAGGAUUAUCUCGAGGUCUGUCGCUCUGGCAAGUAUGAGCGCUUGGAGCAUUUCGUACGAGAGAUUGGCUACUCGGCUUACAGCGUUGGCCAAAUGAUGGAACAGUUCGUGGAGUUCAUUGUGCGCUGCGGAUCUCUAACCGACAAGCAGAAAGCCAUCAUAUGUGACAAACUGGGCGAAUGUUGCUAUCGUCUGCAGGAUGGCGGCUCUGAAUAUUUGCAAAUUAUGGAUCUUGGCUGCACUAUCAUUCUUGCGCUUAAAUAAAGAUUCCAAUACUUUUAUACUUAAUCCUUCUCAGUUAAACAUUUUUAGCACUAAGCUAGCUCCUAGAGCAAACUGUUAAAGAAAUCCGACCGAUUUUAAGGUUGGCGAUAAUAAAUUAAUAAAAUUUGUUCAUCUUGUUUGAACAAAUUUAAC